CGGAAGAUAAUAAACGACGGACAGCCAUGGGGAGCCGUGUUGCUGUGCGGCUUAUUCUUCGACAGACUGUAAAAAAUGUCUCCUCCUCCGCUUUCUUACCAGUCAAGGUUAAGCCCAUAAAUUUAUCCCACCUCCCAUCUUGGUGCCUGGGCUGCAGACUCUUAUGUUCUGCCUCAGAUCAGACUGCCUCUGUUUCAUCCCAGAGCAGCCAAAGACUCUCUCCUGAUCUGUCCCUGCAUUCUUUGAGCGAUAUGGGAUUCACAGAGUCUCAGGCUGGUCAGUUAUUCGACAGUGUGUCCAGGUUGAAAGGAGCUAGUGCUGCCAAACACGUCUUAUCAACCCUUACAGUGCUAUUUGUCCUGGGACUAAAUCCCACUAGUGUGCAGAAACUGAUCGACAAGUGUCCUGAGCUGUGCAUGGUUAAAGAGACUCAGCUUCAGCAACGGAUACAACAUCUACGGAAGCUGGGUUUGGUUGAAGGGAGUCUUCAGAGAACUGUGGUCCACUACCCUAAGAUCUUAACCGUCCCUGUGAAGUCUGUAAAAAAUGUGGUGCAGUUUCUCAGAGAGAAGUGUCAGUUUACCACCCAGCAGGUGACGGAAAUCCUCCGAGAUAGUCCAGCGGUGGUGUUGGAGGACUUGGACCAACUAGAGUACAAGUUUCAGUACGUUUACUUCCGAAUGGGAAUCAAACAAGCAGAGAUGGUGAAGUGCAGGUUGUUCCGUUUCACUAUGGAAGAUGUGCGCUGUCGUCACGUUUUCCUGGAGCGUCGAGGCCUGUACCAAACCCCGGACAAAAAAGGACAGACCACUAUUAUUAACCCCAAACUGGACAGCAUCCUUAACGUGGACCAGCACACAUUCAUCGUAGAUGUUGCUCAGGCGUCGGCAGAGGAAUAUAAUGUGUUUCAGAAACUCUUGGCAAGAGAGUGGAAGGAGGAAGAGUUGGAGCAUGGCAGCAUCGAAGCUGAUCGCGAUGAGGAAGAGGAUGACGAAGGAGAGGAACCCGAUGGAAAAAGUGGAUAUAAGAAGAAGAAAAAGAGAUAAUUGAGAGCUGUUAGAAUUAAGCAUUGCAUAAAGAAUACAUUGCGUUAUUUAAUGAAUGUAUGCAUCUAAUCAAAUAAAUGAACUGCUCCAUUUUUA